AUGGGCUUCUCCUUUUGGCUGGCUCGUUUGCGUUUGCUUUCUUGUUCGAAGAAAUCUGCGGUCCCCAAUGGUUCCCGUCAUUCUUCUUACCUUGACAAAUUUCAGUUCAGUGGUUCUCAAAAGAGCGUGCCAUCCACCACAGCUGAAAAACCCAAAACCCAGUUUUUUUCAUGGUCAAGCUCUUUGCUUCCUUUGGCUCUCGCGGUUUCAGCUGGGUCCCUCGCUUUUCAAUCCCAGAACACUCAGCCUUCUCUAUGUGAACCCACCAACAUCGAUUCUCGGAAAGUGAGCAUUGGAGGGAAGGCAAGCACAGAGUUUGUGGUGAAGGGCAUUCACAAAGAUGUUCCACAAGAGCUUGUUGAUGAAUUGAUGGCUAUCUGCCAAGAUAAUUUGACUUUGGAUUAUGAUGAAAGAUUCUACCAUGGAAAGCCACAGAACAGCUUCCACGAAGCUGUGAAUAUUCCUGAUGUGGUUGUUUUCCCCAGGUCUGAGGAGGAAGUUUCCCAGAUUGUCAUGUCUUGUGACAAAUAUAAGGUUCCUAUAGUACCAUAUGGUGGAGCUACAUCCAUUGAGGGGCACACUUUGUCUCCUAAUGGAGGUGUUUGCAUUGACAUGACCUUAAUGAAGAGAGUUAAAGCCUUACAUAUUGAGGACAUGGAUGUUAUCGUUGAGCCUGGAAUUGGAUGGAUGGAACUUAAUGAAUACUUGGAGCCUUAUGGUCUAUUCUUUCCUCUUGAUCCAGGGCCUGGUGCAACAAUAGGAGGAAUGUGUGCAACACGUUGCUCUGGAUCUUUAGCUGUGAGGUAUGGCACAAUGCGUGACAAUGUCAUCAGUCUCAAGGUAGUCCUUGCCAAUGGAGAUAUUGUCAAGACGGCUUCUCGUGCUCGAAAGAGCGCUGCUGGGUAUGAUUUGACUCGCUUGAUGAUUGGAAGUGAGGGAACCCUGGGUGUGAUAACAGAGGUCACUCUAAGGCUUCAGAAAAUUCCAGAGCAUUCAGUGGUUGCAAUGUGCAACUUCCCUACAAUCAAGGAUGCAGCAGAUGUUGCUAUUGCCACCAUGUUGUCUGGUAUACAGGUGUCGAGGGUAGAAUUAUUGGAUGAGGUCCAAGUAAGGGCUGUCAAUAUUGCUAAUGGGAAGAAUUUGCCUGAAGUUCCAACUCUGAUGUUUGAAUUUAUAGGCACUGAGGCAUACUCCCGUGAGCAAACACAAAUUGUUCAAAGAAUUGUUUCUGAGCACAAUGGCUCAGAUUUUGUUUUUGCGGAAGAUCCCCAAGUUAAAAAGGAACUUUGGAAGGAAGGAAGCGCUAUGGGCAUGCUUUGCAAUGGAACCUAAUUUUGAAGCAAUGAUUUCUGAUGUUUGUGUUCCUCUAUCAAAACUUGCAGAAUUAAUAUCA